UAUACAAAGCAAAAUUCGAAUUUUUAAUAUUUGUUUAACUAGACAAAUAAAUUGACUACUCGACUAUAACUUUAGUUGUUUAAUUAUUUUCUUCCUUGAUUAGCUUUUUACUUAUCCAUAUAUAUGGAAGCUAAUUAUUAUUAUUCCAUGGAUGAAGAUGAUUCAUACAUCGAAAUUGAACUCGAUGCAUCGUCUUCGCCGUCGCCACGCUACAAUGAUAAGGAUCAUGAGUUCCAUCAUCAUCAGUUGCGGAUAUCAAUUUCAUCAACAAUAUCUCUGUCCCUCCAAAAAGAUGAUGCUGCUGAUGAUAAUGAGCCUCCAUGCAUGUCAUCUCCCAUUAAUGGUGAUGAUACAACAAAUAAUAAUACUAAUACUAGUGCAUUAAUGUUCAAUAAUCCAGGGAUUGGAUUAAUAAUGGAGAGUAAUCCUCAUAAACCUGAAGCCCAAACAACAAUUCAGAGGGGGAACCAUAAUAUGGACGCUCCAUCUUCUAGGAAACAACCAAACUUCACAACAAAAACAAGAAGCAAUGGAGGCAUGACGAAGUUGUUGAUAAAAUUUAGAGGUAUAAAUAUUGGGGCCAUAUUAGCAUCUCUUAUAAGGCCACUAUACCAACCCAACAACAAUAAUGAACAUAACAAGUCAUCAAGCAAAAAACAUUUUCAAUGUUAUCGAAAGAAAUUGGUCAACCCCACAAAUACUAGAAGAAGCAAUGUAAAGAAGGAUCAAGGAAUAACAAGGAGUAGCAAUAACAAUAAUAAUCGGGAAUUUGAGGAUGAAAUCAUAUGUGGCUCAUUUAGAAGUUGCAAAAAAUCAUCAAGAAAGUUGGAGAUGGAUUUGGGAGCAAUUAGAGGUAUAUUCAAUGCCAUGGGGAUGAACAUUGCUGAUAAGAAAGGUAGUAGAUCAAAGAGGAGAUCUCAACCUAAUUCUUGUGACACUACACCAAUUCAUGAAGGAUUUUCAUUAUACACUAAUAAUAAUAAUAAUAAUAAUGAUAAUAAUAAUUCCAUUCAGGCAGCUAUUGCCUAUUGUAAAAGUUUAUUUGGCCAAACAUCUGAUUUUUCAUUCUGAUGUUUUAUUUUGGAGUGAAUUGUGUA